AUGAGCUUGUACCUGGCCUCCUGGAACGUUGCUGGCUGGCUGUCAACAGCAGCAAAGAUCCAACAGCAUCACGGAUCCGUCGAGUCGUGGAUGCGGCAGCACAAGUUUGACAUACUGUGCUUGCAAGAAGUGAAGACGAGCGAUCGAGCGCUUGCCGAGAACCCUCACGCUCAUGCUGCGGAGCUGGUGGACUACGAGACCUUCUGGGCUCCAUGCAGGAAGAGGACCAAGACAGGAGCGAGGUCGAGCUUCUCGGGAGUAGCAACCUUCUGCAAGAAAGGGCUGUGCUCGCAUGCGGACCGGAACGUGUUAGACAAGGGGGGGGAGCUAGACGAGGAGGGCCGAUGCAUCAUGACUGUCUGCAGGAACAUGGCGAUCUUCAACGUGUACGUGCCGAACAAUGGCGUGUGGAACGUGCAGCUUUCGUUGAAGAUCAAGUUCCUUGCUGCGCUGAGGACGUCAAUGAGGAGGAUGCGCUCGUUGGGUCUCGAUGUCAUCCUCUGCGGCGAUCUGAACCUGGUCUAUAGAGCCUGCGAUCAAUACCCCAUGUCCAGGAAUGUUGACUUGGAGGCCUGCUUGCGAGCUGGGGAGGAUGGGAACGAGGAGGAGGAGGAGGAGGGAGUGAGGGAGAUGGUGCAGCAGGUCAAGGAUAACUUGGGCAAGAUCGAGGACGCGCUGAAGACAAAGGUGGCGGAGGAGGUGGAGAUUUUCAUCCCGGCGACGCAGAGGAAGGAGAGGAGGUGGAGGUUCUUCAUCGUUGUGGAUGGAGAGAGGAAGGUGAAGCUGGGCAAGCCCAUCUCGAAGGAGGAGUCGUUGGGGUAUCCGACGUCGUAUACGCUGCAAGCUGGAGGGGUGAAGGAGGAGGAGACGGGAGAAUUCAUAAUCUGCCAUCCUCCCAUGCAUAUGAGGCUGGCUGAGCUGAGUGAGCUCAUGGAGAAGGUCGCGGCAGUGUGUUGGAGUGAGGAACAGCUCCACAAGUUGGCCAACUCAAAGUACGUCAAGUCUCGUUCGGCCCCGAUCGUGAAGCAGUGGAUCCGUUCAGUGCUUGACGACGACGAGAUGGUGGACUCGUUCGUAGAAUUCCAUUCGAAAGCACGCUGCCGCUUCACGUGCUGGGACCAGUACACCAACGAGCGAUAUCGCAAUGAGGGGGCGAGGAUAGACUAUAUCCUCGUCGACAAGAAGCUUUUCUCCUCCUCCGCUCGUCGUGGGAUUGAGUUGCACUCGCCUAGUCACAUGGACCCGUACAGCGCUGAAGCAGCAGCAUGGGCGUGCACAGAAGGAGGAAGGUGGGUAGCGGCUCCGUUUGAAGGAGGAGGGAUACAGGACGGCCCCGAGGAGACCUACACCUGCCAGUUCCGAGCUCCGUCUUCAGGGAUCCUCUACACGCCUCCUCAGUACAGCGACCACAUCGGAGUAUCUGUCAUCCUU